AUGGCAGAGGCACAGGAGCCGCCGCUACAGCCACAAGCGCAACAGGUACAGCCGUCGGCGCAGGCACAAGCUCAGGCUCUACCUCUGCCACCCGGCGGCCCUGUCAUGUUAAUUCCAGCCGUUGCCAACGAAGAGACAAAUAGCAGAAGUCAUGGCUCUCUACCUGCUCUUGUGAGUAGUAAUUUGCCUGAUCCUUCCGUACUGGAUAGAAGCCCGUCGCAACCGUCACAAGCCCCGGCCGAGCUCGAGACACAUACGCAAUAUUGUUCAACGACAAACGACUCUGUCCAAGCACAUGUAAAGUCUUCCCAAGACAGCCAUCGCCAAAGGGAAAAGCCACAACCUGAGGGCAUAGGACCGUCCACGAAAAUACAGCAAGCCUCCGCAUAUGGAGCGACUGGGGCUGUCGAGGGGAUAGAAGCAGAGAGAAGAGACGUUGAUAAACUCCCCGGCGACGCGACCCAUUUUGCGCCGAAGGCAUACCUAUUGCCGGCGCUUGUUCAUGUGUCUGGUUCGGUCUCGACUGCCACUAAACCGAGCACCACGGCCGGCGUCACUACUACGAUAUCUUCUAUUGCUGUGCCUUUCGACCUUGUACGCUCGACAGCAAAAACUCCGUCUGCGCGUGACACAAACACGGUCUUGGAUUACGAAAUCAUUGCCGACGAUAUAGAUCAGCUGCAUACCUCGUCGGCGCCGCCAUCACCAAGUCCACCCGUCAUUAUGUCGAAUCCACCGCAGCAUCCAGGCCACCAGCGGCCGCCAGUAGGAUUUCCAAGCCCGACUUAUGGUUCACAAGGCAUAUAUGGCUACGGGAGUCCAACUGGCCCACCCGGUGAUCCAUACCGUGGACCGUCUGGCGGUCAUCAGCCCAUGUCUCUGCCGAGCAUGAGAACGUUCGAUCCGGUGCAACAGCAGCAGGCACAGCAAGUGCCAAUGGCCCAGCAAAUGAUGCAAGUACAAGCGACUAUGCCGCCGUACUACGCGCAUCCAGUACCGCUGCCAGGGAAUCCGUACAGCAUGCCUCCUGAUGCCAUGGCAUCGCGAUACGCCUUGCCGCCGACCGACCCCAGAUUCUUGGGGAACCCUCGCAACAAGAAACAGGAGAUCAAGCGCCGAACAAAGACAGGAUGUCUGACGUGUCGCAAGCGGCGAAUCAAGUGCGACGAGCAGCAUCCCGUGUGUAAGAACUGUCAAAAGUCAAAGCGGGAAUGUUUAGGCUACGAUCCCAUAUUCAAGCAGCAACAACAGCAACAGCAACACACAACCAUACAGCCAGCGUCCAACACCAACAACAUUACCAACACCACCACCAGCCACCCCACCCCGUCGGCUUCUGUCCCGUCCAACGGGCCAUCGUCUCUGCUACCACCAACCUCAUCGUCUUCCUCAGUUGUACCUGGACCAAACAGCUCCGGCACUUAUAGCUCUCUCCCGUCCGUUCUGCCAAGUUCCUACAAUUCUGGCGCCUCAUCGUCCAGCAACACGCCGGGUCAUGCAUAUGAGCCCAGCCAGUCAGCACCGCCACAAACAAUCAAGGGCGAGCACUUUGAGUACGGCCCCGCCAUAGAUCCCGCGUUGGACAGUGUGGGUGCACCUCCGAGUACGUCGACGUCGCAUCUUCCACCAGUCAAGUCAGUCACGCCUAUCGCUAGUCCUCUCCCCCAAAGACCGCCGAAUAGUACUCUUACCCUGAGAGGUGGCGGUCCCGUCUUUACUUCACAGUCUGCUCAGCAGUCUGUCUCCCCCUUCCACCACUGGACUCCGGCUUACUCUGACAACUCAGCCAAGAACAUGCGCGUCGAUGAACUCGUGAGCUUGGGCCGGCCCCUGCCGCCCGAGGCCAAGUCGUUACCUGACCAGGCUCAGAUGGACGAAAUACGCGGCCUUUAUGAUGAGAUCUACGCCCCCGGUCUUGAAAAGUUUUUCGAGACAAGGUGGUACACCCAGGAAUCAACCGGUACGCAAUUGGUCACGGUGCAUGACUCUGUGGUCAAGAGGAUCGCAGCAUUACUCAGCCUGGUUGGGAGAGCAGACCAGCAAAAGCAAAAUGCCAUGACAGAAUCCGCCAAUGCCGAGUUUCGAACGGUUUGGGAUCUUGCCUGUCUGCCGUUUGCAACACCUCCAAGAAUCAACCCGCCGAGUGUCAUCCCCCCUGAUCACGAUUCUGCCGAGGCUCGAAACCGUGUCUACGUCAUUGAAGCUCUGCUCUCUGGCACCAUUCUGAUGGAUAACCCGCUGGUUCGUCCUCCGCCUUCAGGCGACCUCCGCCGGGUGAGGGAACUUGACUUCUGGUACCAUCUGGGGGAGUUCUGCCGGGUGGAACCGCUCGGAAAUCCCCCGAAUCCAAUCAUCUCAUCUCAGCGUGAUCAGAUAUUGAACAGAAUUCGCACUCUGCUCGAUGGAAGAGAGAACCGAGACGUACUCUAUUCAGUCGCCAUAAUGCGUGCUCUGUCGCCUGAGUUUCCCCCAGAUUUUGAGAGCACACUUCCUCAACAUUUAGACGAAAACGACCCCAAGAGCAAGCUGGCGGUUGCUCGCAAGUUUGUUCAGGACGAAUCAAAGGUGACUGGAGGCACGACCAACAUUGUCCGUCGAUUCUCUGAGUUGGCUACUCUGGCCUUCAUUAAUCCUGGCGUCAACGUAUUACGUUCUGCUUGA